AUGUCCCUGGGCUGGCCGUUGACAAAGUCUGGCGGGCGGCGGCGUGUGUUCCCACCGGCUGGCGGCGGGGUGCGUUCCCCCGGCUGGCGGCGUUCCCCUGGUCUGGCGGGCGGCCGCGUGCGUUUCCCCCGGCGGGUGGCGGGGUGCGUUCCCCCAGCUGGCAGUGGCGUUCCCGGUCUGGCAGCGGCGUUCCCCCGGUCUGGCGGGCGGCAGCGUGCGUUCCCCCCAGCGGGCAGUGGCGUGCGUUCCCCUGGUCGGCGUCGUGUGUUCCCCCGGCUGGCGGCGUCGCCCUCGCGCUGCGUCGCCCCUGCAGCCCAGCAGGUGCCAGUGGACCAGAUCCAGAUUCAGCCCGUCUUUGUUGUUGCACCCCCUCCACUCCCACGCAUCAGGUGGACUCAGGUGGUCACCAUGAGCCUGACUUCCCUGGCUGGCUUCAAUGUGGAUGUGACUCAGACUUGGGUCACAUCCAAGGAUGAGCCUUUUGUGCUAAGUACCCUUCUGCACCAAGACUCCAGCACCAACCAGACCUGGCUCCUCGUCACCAGCCCUGGAACUAGUGGAUCAGCAGGACCCCUCCAUCGGUGUUCCCGAAACCUGGAUAAAAUCCUCUGUCAACCAGUGGAAUUCCCCAUCCCAAAGAGGAGGCAUAAGGGAGUGGCAGUGGCCCGGAACCAGCAUGGUGUUUUGGUUUGCAUUCAGUUGACAACCCGGCAGCCCCAUAGCCUCAACCCAGCAUUCACAGGGACCUGCAGUCUACUGGCCCCCAACCUCAAAUUCCAGCUCCAGACCAACUUCUCUGACCUUGAAAAUCAUCUGAAUCAGAAUGUACGUGUGGCUGAAGGAAACUGCUACAUCAAUAAAGAAAGCAGCAUGGAGCGGAAUAAGAACUCGGCCAGGCAGCGCCGGGCCCUGGAGGAUGUGGAGGAGGCAGAGGAGGAUGAAGCCGGCACCGAGAUUGCCAUUAUUUUGGAUGGCUCAGGAAGCAUUGACCCCCCAGAUUUCCAGAGAGCCAAAGACUUUAUUUCCAACAUGAUGAGGGACAUUUAUGAGAAGUGCUUUGAGUGCAACUUUGCCCUGGUGCAAUAUGGAGCAGAAAUCCGGACUGAGUUUGAUCUUCUGGACAGCCAGGAUGUGAUGGCCUCCCUUGCCAGAGUCCAGAACAUCACUCAAGUGGGGAACGUCACCAAGACUGCCUCAGCCAUGCAGCAUGUCCUAGACAACAUCUUCACUCCCAGCCGUGGCUCCAGAAAAAAGGCAAGCAAGGUCAUGGUGGUGCUCACUGAUGGGGACGUAUUUAUGGACCCACUCAAUCUCACGACCGUCAUCAGCUCCCCAAAGAUGAAGGAUGUUGAACGCUUUUCCAUUGGGGUGGGUGAAAAAUUGUCUGAUAAGGAAUUGAAGCUGAUUGCCUCAGACCCUGAUGAGACUCAUGCUUUUAAAGUGACCAACUACUCUUCACUGGAUGGGCUGCUGGGCAGACUGCAGCAGAGCAUCAUCCGGAUGGAAGGUGCGGCAGGUGAUGCCCUUCACUAUCAGCUGGCACAGGUUGGAUUCAGUGCCCAAAUUCUGGAUGAGAGGCAGGUGCUGCUUGGGGCCAUUGGCGCCUUUGACUGGUCAGGAGGUGCACUGCUCUACGACAUGUGCAGCUACGAGGGUCAAUUCCUGAAGCAGAAAGCGUUGCACGACAAAGCUGUGCAUUACAGCUACCUGGGUUACUCGUUGGCUGUGCUGAACAAGACCAAUGGCCUCUUCUUUGUUUCUGGCGCUCCACAAUACAAGAAUCGUGGGGCUGUGUUUGAAUUUCAGAAGGGAGGCACAGAGUCCAGCUUCCUUCCGGUGCUGGAGGGAGAGCAGAUGGGGUCUUAUUUUGGCUCUGAGCUGUGCUCUGUGGACGUCGACAUGGAUGGGACCACAGACGUCCUGCUGGUGGCAGCUCCGUUUUUCUACACUGAUAGGGAAGAAGGCAAAGUCUACAUGUACUGCUUGAAUAAGGAGAAUGGUUCCUUCUCCCCAGCAACGAUACUGAACUCGAACUCCAAGGUCACAGAUGCCCGGUUUGGCUUUGCCAUGGCGACUAUAGGAGACAUCAAUCAGGAUGGGCUCAUAGAUGUGGCCAUCGGGGCCCCCAUAGAGGAUUUUGAUGAUGAUGAUGAUGGUGCCAGCUUUGGCAGCGUGUAUAUCUAUAAUGGACGUCCUGAUGGCCUCUCCAUUCACCCCUCACAGAGGAUCAGAGCCUCAGAGGUGCACCUAGGACUCCACUACUUUGGCAUGAGCCUGGCUGGUGGCUUUGAUUUCAGUGGUGAUGGCCUUGAUGACGUCACUGUUGGCACUCUGGGUCAGGCGAUUGUGCUCCGCUCAAGACCUGUGGUUCACCUGAAGGUAUCCAUGACCUUCAGCCCGGAUUUACUGCCCAUUGACUUCAAGGGCACAGUGAAUGUAAAUCUAUGUUUUGAAAUCAGCUCUGGGACUACUGUCAUUGAGACAGGCCUCAGAGACACAGCUCUCAACUUCACUUUGGACUUGGAUGUGACAAAGCAGAGGAAAAGGCUGGAGUGUUUGGAUGUGAAAUCUUGUGUGAGCAUCUUUAAGAAGUGGAUCAGUGGGUCUCACCUCUGUGAGCCUCUCCAGUUCCACCCCACGAAGGGAGAGCAAUUUGAGGACUACUAUUCCAACAUCAGUAUCAAGGUCAGCUACCAACUCCAGACCCCUGCGGCCCGCAGAGACUACCCUUAUCCCAUCCUGGACUUCUACUCUGAGCCUUCUGCCUUCUUCCAGCUGCCCUACGAGAAGGCCUGCAAGAAUAAGCUAUUUUGUGUCCCUGAUUUGAAGUUGGAUACCAGCAUCUCUGAGAAGGUUUUGGUGGUGGGUGAUACAAAGGAGCUGACUAUGAACGUGAUGGUAACUAAUGCUGGGGAAGAUUCCUAUAUGACAGAGCUGACCUUGGAAUACCCUAGAAACUUACAGUUUAAAAGGAUACAAGAGCCUCCCUCACUAAAUAUUCAGUGUGAAGACCCUCAGCCAGCUGCUGCUUCUGUCCUGGCCAUGAACUGCAAGAUAGGUCAUCCCAUAUUCAAGAGGUCAUCUGCAGAUAUUUUGGUAGUUUGGCAGAUAGAGGAGAAUGCCUUUCCCAACAGGACGAUGGACAUCACUGUGAUGGUCAACAGCACCAAUGCAAAGUCUCCAGUCAGCAAGAAUGAAACUCUUCAAGUCAAGCAUGCCUUCACUGCAGUUCUUUCCAAACCACCAGUGAUGUACAUGAACACAAAUCAGAGGCCUCACCACAAAGACUUCUUCUUCAGUAUUCAUGGGGAAAAUCUCUUUGGAGCCCGAUUCCAGUUGAAAAUUUGUGUUCCAGUCAAAAUCCAUGGCCUUCAGGUUUUAACAGUGAAGAACGUGACAAAGGCUCAGGACGAUGAAGAGCUGAUGGUCAUCGAAGAAGUCAGGCCGGUCAUUGGCAGAGCCCUUGGUGGAGUUAUAGUGAUCCCAGGCUCUGAGGAGCAAGGGAGGACGGACGGUCAUGAAGAAGGGAAGUUUCUGCCACCUCCUGAUGCUUCCUCUUCAGGGAUGCCACUGGCCGCCUCGGAUUCCAUCCGGACGUCCUGCACAGGGCGCCGGGCGGUGGCUCUCGUCUUUCUGGUGUUUGACAAACCUGCGCCCCCCAGCCUGUCCCCCACCAGUCCGCUCUUACUGCAGGCCUCCCUCAGAGUCUUCCCAGUGGCCCCAAACUCAGAGUUCUCCGAGUCUAUAACUUGGAAGAGAGCUGACCUGAGCGCGGCCCUGGUGAGCCUGCCUCCCUUGGCCGCUGCUUUCCUCGUCCAAGGUGGCGAUGCCGGGUCCGGGCAGCGGGCGUCUCCGGGGACCCUGGAGGCUGGAUCCAUAGUGGCCGAGCCGCCGACACAGAUGACAUCGUCCCCUGGCGUUGCGGGGGCUGUAGGGCUGGGGCUGCGGGGAGAUGUGGGGGCGCUGAACAGGGAGGCGCUGGUGCCCUGCUCGUCGGCAUCCCCGCGCUGGCUGCACACGCUGAGGUCCGGGCUCAGGAGGCCCGGGUUGCAGUCGGGGAAGGGCGGCGGGCCGAGGGGACUGCACGGGGUGCUGCACUUCUGCGGGGGUCGCGCUCGCAGUCUCAGGUGUCUGGGGGUGACGACUAGGCUCGGCAGAUCCUUGGGGAUUCGGCUGCAGGGGCGCCUCCGCCGCGGACGGACCGGACUCCCGCGGAAGUCCGGAUCAUCAGAGUCGUCGGAAACGACCGACUCCGAGGGGCAGCUGCUGCUAGCGUUGUUGCUACUGCUGCUGCUAAACAGAUGUUUCCGGUCCUGCGGCGAGAACCACUGCGCGGCUGCCCGCCCGGGCCACGGCCGUGGCCCCCAGCUGGCGACAGGUCCAGUUCAAAUGCAAACACCGCGAGACUUCCGCGAGACGUGCGCGCGCCUGCGGCCCGCCCGCCAGCCCGCCAGCCCGCCGGGUCCUAGCGCCUCCGCUCAGAGGUCGGGGAAGUUGGGUGCCGGCGUUGGGUGCUCCACGAGCCAGAGACACGAUUGUAGAAUCGACCGUGGUCAGCAUGUGGAAGAAUGGUAUUCAGCGAGCUGUGAUAUCACUUCCAAUAAAGAAAAUAUAACAGUGGCUGCAGAGUUUUCCGGGCACCAUGAGCAGCAGCUGUUACUAGAUAUAGGUGAACUGCAGAUCUUCGGUGAAAUAACUUUUGAUGAAAGUCUGUAUGUGUGGCUGAAUGCAGAGAACCACAAAACCAAGAGCACCAUCAUCUUUCUGAAUGACCAGGCGUUCCUGUCUUUGUCCACUGUCAUUGGAAGCAGUGUUGGUGGCCUCCUGGUUCUGAUUGUGAUCAUAGUCAUCCUCAUGAAGUGUGGCUUUUUUAAAAGAAAGUACAAAAAACUGAACUUGGAAAGCAUGAGGAGAGCCCAGCAGUCAUCCAGCGAUAAGUCUGUAGAAGAAUAUAAGGACUGA